AUGGAUCCCCAUAUUAGCGUCGGAAGCUGCAAUAACAGCAGCGCAGUUCAACAAGCAGAAGACGAUAUGGACAUCAGAAAAGGCCCCUGGACUGCCGAAGAAGACCUCAUCCUCACCAAUUACAUCACCAUCUACGGUGAAGGCCGCUGGAACGCUCUCGCCCGCUGCGCUGGUUUGAAGAGAACAGGGAAAAGCUGCAGACUGAGAUGGUUAAACUACCUGAGGCCGGACGUGAGACGGGGGAACAUAAGCCUGCAGGAGCAACUUCUGAUUCUGGAACUUCAUACCCGGUGGGGGAACCGGUGGUCGAAAAUAGCCCAGUUCUUGCCGGGUCGAACCGACAAUGAGAUCAAGAACUACUGGCGGACCCGGGUCCAGAAACAAGCCAAGCAGCUCAAGUGCGACGUCAACAGCCAGCAGUUCCGGGACACCAUGCGCUGCGUCUGGAUCCCUCGCCUCCUCGAGCGAAUCCGGGCCGAGUCCGAAUCCUCCGCUGGCGGACUACCCAACUCCUCCUCCCCCGCCAGCACUACUUCUGAGGUAUCCGACGAUCGGUACGAUGACCUCCUGCAGGUUAGCCCCGGCGGCGCAGGCUGCGAAUUCGGGUACGGGCAGGUUGUGUCCGGGACUUCGUCGGAGUCCUCAGAGGCCCAGGUUUCGCCGGAUUCGGGUCUGGUGGAGUCCUACAGUUUCCCGGGCUGCAAUUAUCAGCAGGACAGUGCGCAAAACGGGCAGGGUUAUUGCCCGGAAUUGAACGGGUCGGAUCUUCAGGUCUCGGAGCAGUGGGUGGGAGGUGGAGAUGAGUCGUUAGUGGAGAACAUGUGGAGUGAUGAGGACAUCUGGUUCUUACAGCAGCAGCUGAAUUUAAAUUGA